AUGUGGACACAAAUCUGGAGCAGCGCCACCACCAGCCCUCACUCCGCGCUCCCAUUGGUCCGGCUCACCCACGUGAGGGCGGGCACAAGGGGCAAGAUGGCGGCGCCCAUGAUGGAGCUGGAGCUCGCGGCCCCGACACGGACACGGUCACGGACACGGUCACGGACACGGUCACGGUCACGGACACGGUCACGGACACGGACACGGACACGGACACGGUCAGGGUCAGAGGCAGAGCGCGGGGCCGGGCCCGGUGUAGGGGGUGGGGGGCGGCAACAGCGCGGGCCCGGGGAUGAGGCGCCGUUGUCCGCCCGCCUGCGGCUGGUGCUGGACAGCAGGACCAACGCCAACGCCGUGUUGGACAUCCUGGAGACGCUGGAGGCUGAGGAAGAGGCCGAUAUCCUUGAAGCCAUCCGCACCUGCGGCAAGUUGUUUUGCACCUUGCUGCAGCGAGGUGAUCUGUUUGUCGGUCAGUUGCCCGGAGAAGAUGAGGCCAUGUCAGGUGACUACAGUGCGGAGACCAAGUACAAGAUGUGGAUGAGGCAUCGCUACCAAGCCUGUGUGCAGCAACUCCUUGGUCUGAUGCUCUCACAUGAUUCUGAAGCUCUUGUGUACAGUUACAAAUAUCCACCUUCUCAUCCACAGGAACAGAAAAAAAAAUUUGAGCAAGUGUGGCUUGUAUUCCUUAAAUACAAGCUCCCCAUCGCUCUCUACAAGAAGGUGCUGGUGAUUUUCCACGAGGCGGUCCUGCCUCACAUGAGCAAGCCCACGCUGAUGAUUGACUUCCUCACCGCAGCCUACGAUGUUGGGGGGGCCAUCAGCCUGCUGGCCUUGAGCGGACUCUUCAAUCUCAUCCACCAGCACAACCUGGAAUACCCCGACUUCUACACCAAACUCUACAGUCUACUGGAACCCUCCGUACUCCACGUCAAAUACCGGGCCAGGUUCUUCCACCUGCUCAACCUCUUCCUGUCCUCCAGCCAUUUACCGGCGUACCUGGUGGCAGCGUUCUGCAAGCGGCUGUCCAGACUGGCACUGACCGCUCCACCCCACUCCUUGCUGAUGGUCAUCCCCCUCAUCUGUAACCUUCUCCGUCGCCAUCCGUCCUGCCGGAUCCUCCCCUCCCCCCGGCCCCCACAGCCCCCCAACACAGAGCUUUCUGCUGACCCCUACCUUGUGGAUGAAGAGGACCCAGCAAAGUGCCGAGCGUUGGAGAGCUCCUUGUGGGAGCUACAGGCUCUGCAGCGGCACUACCACCCUGAUGUUGCUGGAGCAGCGGCUGUGAUCAAGAAGGCGUUGUCUGAACAGGAGACGGACCUCUCUGCGCUGUUUGACCUGUCCACCCCAGAGCUCUUUGAGCGAGAGCCCAGGAAGAGGGCGUGCCGCGCCCCGCUGGAGUUUGAGGCUGCGGACGGGAUCCUGGGCCGGAGGAGAGGUCUGGUCCCCCAGCUCUGGGCUCUGGAGUAACUGCUGUGGUCACCGCUCUGUGUAAACACGUCGUGGCUGAAAGUGAAACCAGUAAAAACCCCUGAGUGUU